GCAGUUGUUGGAGUGCGCAUGGGGCUGGUGGCUGCUGUGUGUGGCUGACCCAUGGCAGUGCUUGAGGCUGCAGUGGCCCUGCUGGGGCUGGAGGUGACAUUGGGGUGGGUGAAUGUCCCUGGACAUGGGGGUGGAUCUGUCCCUGGGCAGCUGGAGGUGCCACCGAGGAGUGUGAUGCUGGAAAGUGAUGUUAGGCAUGGUCCAGUGGCUGCCAGCAGUGGCAGUCAGAUGCAGGAGGCAGGGCUGCCUGGAAAGGGACCACGAUGGGACCACGGUGCUGCAGCUUAUGGUGGAACACAGUUUCUGCCACAGCAGGCUAAGUCUCAGGGCCAGAAGUCUGCUCAUGGCAGGUGGCACUGGUUGCUUGUGCUGGGGUGGUGAGGGUGCCCUGCAGCCCAUGGGGAGGUUUGGUUUGUCCCCAGGUGGGACACAGAGACAAAAAUGAGACAAAUUUCCCCCAGGAGAAAUUGCACGUCCUGCUGCAUUGACAGUGUCUGUGGAGGUUGUACUCAAGCCUGGUGCAAAGGGUGUUUUGGGCACACACCAGGUGUGCUCUGCCACUGUCAGCCCCUGCACAGCCCCUUGUAGAGGCAGAUGUGGUGCUGGGGCUCCUGCUCCCAGGCUGGCACUGGCCAAAUGCGGUGCCUGCCAGCUCACCACAGAGCAGCCAGAGACUCGUUGCUUAACAACAUGCUAGAGUGGAGUAGGAAGUGUUUUGUCACUGUGAGAUGGGAAGAGAUCACCAUUUUAUCAACAGGCAGGGCAGUGUCUGUUUGCUCUGUGUCCAUGCAGAUGUCCCCACAGUACUGGGGACUUCGGUCACUUUGUGGUGCAGUGGCACUGGCAUGGCUGUUCUUGGCUCUGCCCCUUAUCAAACGUCCACAAUUUCCAACAGCAGCAUGUCCUGCUGUCAGCCAUCCCACCUUCCCUUUCCUCCUUGCCAGCGUUCUUCUGCCUCCCCAGGCCCCUCCUUGCCAGCAGCAUUUCCAGCUUGGUGAUUUCUGUGAAUGUGGAAAUGUUCCUCCCUUUUUAUAGAGGAAAAAUUCAUUUUUAGCCAGCUCUGGGUUAUUGUUCCUCUUCCUGUUCAGGGGCGGGUGUACGUGGCUUGGGGGCUCUGGCUGUGGCUGCUCCACUCGGACCUGCUGCCACUGUCCCCCAGCAUGUGCCCCUGACUGUUUGACAGCACCAGCUCUUUUGGAGCCCUGUGGGCCACUGGGUAUUUCUGAGGCUGAACAAAAUGCUUUGGGAGAGGGGGAAGCACAGCCCCCACUGGCUCAGCCCCUCUGCUUGUCACCAUUCAGUGCAGUGAUCAGGUUCUGGCCUGGUCACCUGGCCUUGGGACAUGUCCAAGGCCUUGCACCCCUGCCUGGCCCCUCUGUGUGGUGCCAAAUCCCAGGUGGAUAGAGUGUGAGUGUAUCUAAAUGCUGUUUUACUGUACUGCUGCCUCCUCAGUAGGGAACCCCCCAGACCCUCCUGUGUCACUCGCUGUCAUAUCACUCUCAUACAGUCAGCUGCAGGCUGUUCCUCCAGACCCCUCUAGCCACAGGUGACCCAGGGGACACGCUGGAUUUCAGUAGAGGUGCUGUCAGCACCACCUUAUCCCUGCCUGUCCCCGGGGGAACUAAGGCUGUGUAGUGGGUGGAAUCCCUGCAUGGAGCCAGAGCUGCCCCAAAACUGCUGUGGGAAGGUCCAUGUGUCUCCACCAGGACAUGGGGCACACAGCAGCCCUGGCACUGGGGACUUGUCAGGGACUGUGGUGCCACGUGGGCUCAUGGGGCUGGGGCUGCUCCUGCCUGCUGGCGCUGCCAGGGUGUGGGCAGGAGCAGGGUGGAUGCAGGGGGGGCCUCUGCUCUGCGUCACCCUGGAUUUCUGGGCAGCCCUUCCUCCCCCUGGCCUGUUUCCUCAUUCGCGUGGCCAGCGAUGGCUGCGAUCCCGUGGUGCAGUGAGGGGAAAUGAGAACCAUGUGGAGAGGCCAUGCAGAGGCACGUCCCUGGCCCUGGGCACCCCCAGGGCUGUUCCUAGAAAAGAGGGGGUGACUCAGAGCCAGGGUCCACUGCCCCCACAUGCCCUUUCUUUCAGCAGCUGGAGACAGUGCUGGCAGCACCAGGGACUCCAGGCACUCCUGCAGAAGGUGCUGAACCAUGGCGGUGUGGAUCCAGGCCCAGCAGCUCCAGGGUGAAGCCCUGCGGCAGAUGCAGGCACUGUAUGGGCAGCACUUCCCCAUCGAGGUGCGGCAUUACCUGUCACAGUGGAUCGAGAGCCAGGCAUGGGACUCCAUCGACCUUGACAACCCCCAAGAGAAUGUGAAGGCGACCCAGCUUCUAGAGGGGCUGAUCCAGGAGCUGCAGAAGAAAGCAGACCACCAAGUGGGUGAGGACGGCUUCCUGCUGAAGAUCAAGCUGGGGCACUACGCCACGCAGCUGCAGAACACGUAUGACCGAUGCCCCAUGGAGCUGGUGCGCUGCAUCCGGCACAUCCUCUACCACGAGCAGCGGCUGGUGCGGGAGGCGAACAAUAGCCCUUCCCCAUCUGGCUCCCUGGUGGACGCCAUGUCCCAGAAGCACCUGCAGAUCAACCAGACCUUCGAGGAGCUGCGGCUCAUCACUCAGGACUCGGAGAAUGAGCUCAAAAAGCUGCAGCAGACACAGGAAUACUUCAUCAUCCAGUACCAGGAGAAUAUGCGACUCCAAGCCCAGUUCUCCCAGCUCUCCCAGCUGGGCCCCCAGGAACGCAUGUCACGGGAGACGACGCUGCAGCAGAAGAAGGCAUCGCUGGAGGCCUGGCUGCACCGUGAGGCCCAGACACUACAGCAGUACCGUGUGGACCUGGCUGAGAAGCACCAGAAGACGCUGCAGCUGCUGCGCAAGCAGCAAACAACCAUCCUGGAUGAUGAGCUGAUCCAAUGGAAGCGUCGGCAGCAGCUGGCAGGGAAUGGGGGCCCACCUGAAGGCACCUUGGAUGUGCUGCAGACCUGGUGUGAGAAGCUGGCAGAGAUCAUCUGGCAGAACCGGCAGCAGAUCCGCCGUGCCGAGCACCUGUGCCAGCAGCUGCCAAUCCCAGGCCCAGUGGAGGAGAUGCUGUCAGAGCUGAACGGAACCAUCACUGACAUCAUCUCUGCCCUGGUCACCAGCACCUUCAUCAUCGAGAAGCAGCCCCCCCAAGUGCUGAAGACACAGACCAAGUUUGCAGCCACUGUGAGGCUCCUGGUGGGCGGGAAGCUGAAUGUGCAUAUGAACCCCCCCCAAGUGAAGGCCACCAUCAUCAGCGAGCAGCAAGCCAAGGCCCUGCUGAAGAAUGAGAGCACCCGCAAUGAGAGCAGUGGGGAGAUCCUCAACAACUGCUGUGUGAUGGAGUAUCACCAAGCCACUGGGACACUCAGCGCCCACUUCCGCAACAUGUCCCUGAAGCGAAUCAAGCGCUCGGAUCGCCGCGGGGCUGAGUCAGUGACAGAGGAGAAAUUCACCAUCCUCUUCGAGUCGCAGUUCAGCGUCGGUGGGAACGAGCUGGUCUUCCAGGUGAAGACGCUGUCCCUGCCUGUGGUGGUGAUUGUGCAUGGGAGCCAGGACAACAAUGCCACGGCCACCGUGCUUUGGGACAACGCCUUUGCCGAGCCCGGCCGCGUGCCCUUCGCUGUGCCCGACAAGGUGCAGUGGCCACAGCUCUGCGAGGCGCUCAACAUGAAGUUCAAGGCAGAGGUGCAGAGCAGCCGUGGGCUGACCAAGGAGAACCUGGUGUUCCUGGCACAAAAGCUCUUCAACAGCACCAGCUCCCACCUGGAGGACUACAGCAGCACCACGGUGUCCUGGUCCCAGUUCAACCGGGAAAACCUGCCUGGGAGGAAUUACACCUUCUGGCAGUGGUUUGACGGGGUCAUGGAGGUACUGAAGAAGCAUUUGAAGCCGCACUGGAAUGACGGGGCCAUCCUGGGCUUCGUCAACAAGCAGCAGGCGCACGACCUGCUCAUCAACAAGCCCGACGGGACCUUCCUCCUGCGCUUCAGCGACUCAGAGAUCGGUGGCAUCACCAUUGCCUGGAAGUUCGACUCCUCUGAGAGGAUGUUCUGGAACCUGAUGCCUUUCACCACCAGGGACUUCUCUAUCCGCUCCUUGGCUGACCGCCUCGGGGAUCUCAGUUACCUCAUCUACGUGUUCCCUGACCGGCCCAAGGACGAGGUGUUCUCCAAGUACUACACGCCGGUUCUCUGUGAGUCCACGCCAGCUAAAGCUGUGGAUGGAUAUGUGAAGCCACAGAUCAAGCAAGUGGUGCCAGAGUUUGUCAAUGCAUCAGGAGAUUCUGCCCCUGGAGGGGCCACCUACAUGGACCAGGCCCCCUCACCUGCUGUCUGCUCCCAGCCUCAUUACAACAUGUACACCCAGAACCCCGACCCUGUGCUGGACCCCGAGGGUGAUUUUGACCUGGAAGACACGAUGGAUGUGGCGAGGCAUGUGGAGGAGCUGCUACGGCGCCCCGUGGACAGUCAGUGGAUCCCCCACGCCCAGUCGUGACAGGCAGGCGCCUGGUCCCUUGCCCCUGGCCCCGGCGCUGCGGGGACUGUGCUGUGUUCGUGUCUCUGUGCCAGGGGACAGCGGGUGGGCCCUGCCCCCAGGAUUUGCUCUGUGCUGCCCCGAAACAUAGGCUGGCGUCCAGCUCUUUGGUGUUUAUGCCCUUGUAUAAACGGCAGCGGAUUUGUCGCAUGGUUUUCCUGUAUGUUCCUUUUAAGAGGCCCAGCUUCGGCUUUCCGCUUCUGCCAGCACUGGCCCUGCAGCCCCUGACCCCCCCGUGGGGCUGCUGGGGCCCCCAGCCCGGCCUCAGGUUCGCUUUCGCAGUCGUCACUAAGAAUGUACAUGUCGCCUUCUUGUUCUCCCCCGCGGCUCCGUUCCCAGGGCUGCGUGAGGGCAGAGGGCAGAGGAGGAGUUCUGCCAGGGCUCCCCCAGCCCGUGCUGGUGCUCUGCUCCACGGUGGCAGGGUCCCUGCAUUUCAUCCUCUCCUCUGCCCCCAAGGAUGCAGGAGCCCCUCCGGCUCCCGGCCUCGGUAUCCCCUCUGGAGCCGGUGCAGCAGGAGGGUGGCAGGGUGCGAGGGCACCCAGCGAGGGCAGUCGGGUGGGCAGGGGGUUUGGGGGAGCGGAGCCCUCUGCCCGCUGCUUCUCCCCUCGCCUGGGCGGGAAACUCUGGGGUCCUGGCCAUGUUAUUUUUCUAUCACAGAGUAAAUAAAGCACGGAAUAUUUUUGUAACACAAAA